AUGCGGUCAUAUGCCGAUACCAUCGACAAUCUCAAGAUAGGCAAGCAUACCCGUGUGCUAUAUCAAGGAUUCACGGGCCGCCAAGCGACCAUGAACGCCCAGGAAUCUUUGGAAUGGGGGACCAACAUUGUCGGGGGUGUGAAACCAGGCUUUGAGGGCGAACAUUUGGGUCUACCAGUCUUGCCGUCAGUGAGAGCGGCUGUGGAGAAGCUCAAGCCAGAUGCUAGUGCCAUCUACGUCCCGGGAAAUGGGACAGUUGCUGCCAUGGAAGAGGCCAUUGAGAAUGAGAUCCCUCUCAUCGUGGCCGUCGCCGAACACAUACCGCUACACGACACGUUGAGGAUCCACGAGAUGCUGCGGACGCAAUCAAAGACACGGUUAGUCGGUGCUAAUUGUCCAGGCAUCAUCAACGUCCAGGGCCGCUGUCGGCUAGGGUUCCAGCCUCUCCCGUUCUUCACGGAUGGCAAUGUCGGCAUUGUGGCCAAGUCGGGGACUUUGAGCUACGAGGCCGUGGCGUCUACCACACGCGCCGGCCUUGGCCAGACUUACUGCAUCAGCAUGGGUGGCGAUGUGCUUGCGGGCACCAACUUCGUCGAGGCCUUUCAAGUGUUGGUGGAGGAUGAACAUACGGAAGGCAUAAUCGUUAUAGGUGAAAUCGGAGGCAGCGCCGAGUUGAGAGCGGCCGAGUGGAUCGAGGACUAUAAUCGACGGACAGCAAACCCCAAACCUUUCAUGGCCCUGAUUGGGGGUAUACAGGCACCUCCAGGCCGGAUCAUGGGCCAUGCCGGCGCAUGGGCAGCUCCGGGGGAAGCCACUGCUGCACAGAAGAUCAAGAUCCUGGAGGACGUCGGGGUGACAGUGGUCGACCACCCGGAGAAGUUUGGUAGCGGGAUGAAGCGGUUGCUGAAUGGACGGUCCAGUGCCGGAAGUCCAGGUGUAGGACGCAAUGGAGCCGCUCAGCGGAGAAGCUACCAUACCGUGCGGCGAAGACCUAAAGCUGUUGGACCCAGCAGAUCUGCUUUAGGACAGCGCCGCACGCUGUACAUCAAACAAUCGCAAGCAUUCGAUAUGCUGAAGGCCAGAGGGAUUCCUACGGUAGACUCUUCUUCCAAGGACGAUCAGAAGUUUCUCGCCAUCUCCAUCGAUCGGGAGGCGCGGCAGCCUUGUAUAAUUGCAUCACCCACCACGGAUCCCUCACGAGCUUUCCAGCUCUCUCGGAAAUUUCCGUUCGCGUACGGCUCAGAUGCCCCAACCUCUCCGGGCAUGCUUGAGAAGGUAGCCUCGCAUCUGGAGAUCUCUCCAAACGGUCAACCGGAGCUGGUGAGGCUCAUUGCCGAACUCGCCGACCUCUUCGUGUCCAAGGAGGCAUUUGUGCUGCAAACGAAAAUAGUCAUCGGUGACGGUGGGUCCUUGCAAGUUCAAGGCGCGAAAUUCGGCUUUGACGAUGCGGCGUUCCGGAGUUCGAAACGACAGGCGGACAUCCAUGCUCUGAGAGACGUCGAGAGCGAGGUGCCAGAGGAAGUGGACGCCGAAAAGGAGGGCAUGAUCUAUGUCAAGCUUGGUGGGGAGGGUAGCAUCGGGACCAUUGUCAACGGAGCUGGACUCGCAAUGAACACUGUCGACGCUCUUGUUGCCCAAGGCGGCCAUCCUGCCAACUUCAUGGACACGGGCGGCAAGGCCACGUCCGAGACCAUCAAAGCUGGCUUCCGAAUUGUCACGUCCGACCCACGAGUCAAGUGCAUCUUUGUUAAUAUCUUUGGUGGCCUGACUCUGGGUGAUAUGAUUGCCAACGGCAUCCUCCUGGCUUUCCGAGACUUGGACCUGAAGGUUCCCGUGGUGGUUCGGAUCCGGGGCACACGCGAGACCGAGGGACAGAGGCUCAUCCAGGAAAGCGGCCUCAAGCUCGAUGCUUUUGGUAGGUUAUCCAACAGGCUGGACCAUUCGUAA